AUGUCAACUGGGACUGGGUCACCUGGUGCACCAGAUAUUCUCCCAGACAGUCAGUUAGAGAUACUGAAUCCUAAACCAUCCAAUCACGAGGGGCAGGCAAUGGAACUACAUAGAGGGAAGCGAGGAGGAUCUGUUAUUGCUUACAAUAAUCAAACGAUUUGGGAGCUGACAAAAUUUGGCAACGGCAACUUGAGGCUGGUUAAGCUUAAUAAGGCACUUGCUGAUGCUGAGACGACAAUAAAACUGAAACCAGAAUGGGAGAAGGGUUAUUUCAGGAAAGGAUGUGUUUUGGAGGCCAUGGAGCAGUAUGAGGAGGCAAUAUCUGCUUUUCAAAUAGCUUUGCAGCACAAUCCACAAAAUACAGAAGUCGCGAGAAAGAUCAAGAGGCUUACUCAGUUAGCAAGGGAACAGAAGCGAGCUGUUGAUGUGGAGAACCUGCGUUCCAAUAUUGACAUCAGGAAGAACUUGCAGUCAUUGAAAAAGGAGCUGGCUACAAAGUAUGGAGAUGCAGAAAUGGGACAAAAUAUAUUCCCAUUUGUUAUCAGUGUGAUUGAAACAGCGAUUAAGGCUUGGCAUGACACAGGAAAGGUGGAUGCAAAGGUCAAUUUUCUUCUUGAUGAUCAGAAGACUGACACUGAAAAAUAUGCCCCAGUGGUUAACAUUGAGAAGGCCUUUGAGUCACCCCAUACCCAUGGCAGUUGCUUUGCAUAUUUGCGGCAAUACUCUGAGGAGUCUUUUUCAAAGGCUGCUUGCAUGGUAGCACCUAAGAGCAUCAUCUCCUAUCCACAGGUCUGGAAAGGUCAAGGAUCAAGAAAAUGGAAGCUUGACCAGAGUGAUGGAUUCUUUGUACAAUUUGAAUCACCAAUUUUACGGAAGAUAUGGUUUGUUGCUAGCACAGCAGAGAAGGGACGAGCAUUGUGCAGGAGCCCUGAGCCCUUGGACAUUACCAUCCACGAGAUCCUUCCUCGUAUAUUCAAAGAGAACGAAACCAGUGCUUGA